AUGGACAGUGGCAGUGGAGGAAAUGUUAACGGAAACAGUGGGAGUCCCAACGGAAGUGAUAGAACAAGUGGUGAUCUUGGCUCGAGGCAACAUUUUAUAGAUGAUGGGCAAUCCAGGAUAGAAGAUUUAUUACCAGAGGCCCAUGAUAAUAAGGACGGUGGUACUGCUGAGGGUAAUGACUUACUGGGCUUCAAAGAAAACUACGACAGCUUUCUGUCUGAUCUAUCUAAUAACGGCGAUAAAACCAAAUUGCAUAUCGAUGACCAGAAUCCGAAUUUUGCAGAGUUACUAAGUGAGUACGAUUCAUUGGUGAAUGAUGUCUUCAGUCCCGAAGCUGAAAACAAGUGCGAUGGCUGUAAAAAGGAAAAUGUUAAAUGCACUACCAAGUCUGACAUGACUGGUUGCUACAAUUGCCAAGAAAAACAUAUACAUUGUUCAUUAGAUCAGCGAUCUCCUCAGGACUUGGGACCUGUGAUCUCAAGGAAGCGAAGUAAUCAGAGUGAACGCUCAAGUAUUGAUCUGAAGAGAGGUAAAAGUUCGAACUUUGAUUCUCCUAGCUCAUUCUUCAAUGACAUCAAAUCUCAUUCACCACAGAGUGUUGGGAAGCAAAAUCUAAAUCGAUCAAGUAGCAAUAAAUCUCAUCAAAGCUCUGUUCAAUAUAGCCCUGGUUCAACAAAAUCACAAUACAACAUGAUGACUCAGUCAAGACAGUCACCUCAACCACCUAUACAAUAUCCUAGGUCUUCCUUUUAUUUAGGGUCAUCAUCCAUAUACGAUACGAAACUGAUAAACUCCAUCAAACUCGAUAGUAUUGACCAAGUACAGUUAUCGCCUACUGUAGCAUUAAGACGUGUAGCGCCAAAUGUCCAGUUUAUGCUGAAAGAUGACUAUAAUCAAGAGGUGUAUCUGAAACAGGAGCAAGAAGUUGAUCUAGUAGAAAGUCUUAUAUACCCACAUGGGAAAGCGCUGGUAGAGAUGUUUUUUAAACUGGUACAUCCUUAUUAUCCAAUAUUGCAUGAACGAGUAUUUCUAGAAAAGUAUUCUAGAUCAUAUAGGGAGCUUACUGCACCUUUGUUAGCAUCGAUAUAUUCUUUGGCGUUGCAAUGGUGGGACUUUCAUCCCGGUUUUAUUGGCUUCCCAAAGCCAGAUGUGAUCGAAAAGCUAAACUCGAUUGCUUUUGAGACAUUUUUAAACAGAAUAGAGCGUCCAAAACUGAGUAUGGUUCAAACCGGCCUGUUACUACUUUUAUGUAGAAGUGAAUGUACAAAUAACUGGGUGAUAUCGUCCUGUUUGGUAGCAUUGGCCGAAGAACUAGGACUAGGUAUAGAAUGUCAAGAAUGGCGUUUACCGAAGUGGGAGAAAGAUUUAAGAAAGAGAUUAGCAUGGGCUGUGUGGGCUCAAGAUAAAUGGACUGCACUUUUAGAAUCUAGGCAUUCUCAUUUGAUUCUAGGAAGGAAUUGGAUGGUUCAAAUGUUAUCAGUUUCUGACUUGCCUAUUAAUUCACCAAUGAUAACUGAAAAUGAAGCGGAAUCUUCAAUAGAUAUUGCAAUUGGCGCACCAAUGUUCCAAAUAACUCCUACGAUGGACGACUUUAAAAACGGUGCACUUAUAUUCCAGUAUUACGUCUCCCUAAGCAUUAUCCUUGGUGAAAUUAUGGAUACAUUUUAUACUUUGGGUUCAAUUCACAUUAAUACCUCCAUUGAACAGGUGUUGCGGUUAGCUAAACCUCUUCAACUGAAACUUAGAGAAUGGUAUCGCCAGCUACCACCUCAAUUAUCAAUGUCUAAGUUUGAGUCGAAAAAGUUCAAUUGCAACGCCACUUUGACAUUGUGCUACUUUACUACAGAGAUUACUCUUCAUCGCAAAAUUAUUGCUAGUAUCAAGCCCGACACUCCAGAAGAAAUAAAAAAGGUUUGCAGAACGGCUGCAAGAACAAGAUUGGUGGCUGCUGUCGAAUUUAUAAGGGAUUUAAAAAGCGAACAUACAAAUGCAUUCUGGUUUCCGUCAGCAACAGGAUCAAUUAUGCUAAUAGGAUCAUUUGCAGCAUUACUAUACACAUCAUCUGAAUCAAAGGAAGAAUCAAAGUACUUGAGCGACCUUGUUCGUCAUUAUAUUUGGAUUCUCAGAGUUGGAUCCAAAACGUUUGAUAAAUUUGGGCAUGCAUUGACAAACAUGCAUGCAUUAUUUGUAGAAAUACCCGGGCUUUUAAAUAAUGAUGUCGGUGACAACGAGCCAGAAUAUAAGGGCAAAGCACCAAGUUAUGGCUCCCCACCUACAUCUAAUAAAACGUUUGGAGGAUCAAAUGCUUCUUCUUGGCAAGGAUCGCCUAGCUCAUUUUCUAAAUCCCAUAGUAAUGGUCCUGAAAAGAGUUUCAGUAGAAGUGAUCAGGCAUCACCAUCAAACUAA